CCGGGCGGAGACUUCACGCAGCCGGCAUGUCUCGCUACUUGCGUCCCCUAAACACAUCUCUGUUCAUCAGGAAUGUGGCGGAUGACACCAGGUCUGAAGAUUUGCGGCGUGAAUUUGGUCGCUGUGGUCCUAUAGUUGAUGUGUAUGUCCCACUUGAUUUCUACACUCGACGUCCAAGAGGAUUUGCUUAUGUUCAAUUUGAGGAUGUUCGUGAUGCUGAAGAUGCUUUACAUAAUUUGGACAGAAAACGGAUUUGUGGGCGUCAAAUCGAAAUACAGUUUGCACAGGGAGAUCGGAAGACACCAAAUCAGAUGAAAGCUAAGGAAGGGAGAAAUGUGUACAGCUCUUCACGCUAUGAUGACUAUGACAGAUACAGACGUUCUAGAAGCCGAAGUUAUGAGAGGAGGAGAUCAAGAAGUCGGGCUUUUGAUUACAACUAUAGAAGAUCUUAUAGUCCUAGAAAUAGACCGACUGGAAGACCACGGCGUAGCCGAAGCCAUUCCGGCAAUGAUAGAUUCAAACACCGAAAUCGAUCUUUUUCAAGAUCUAAAUCCAAUUCAAGAUCACGGUCCAAGUCCCAGCCCAAGAAAGAAAUGAAGGCUAAAUCACGUUCUAGGUCUGCAUCUCACACCAAAACUAGAAGCACCUCUAAAACAGAUUCCAAAACACAUUAUAAGUCUGGCUCAAGAUAUGAAAAGGAAGCAAGGAAAAAAGAACCACCUAGAUCCAAAUCUCAGUCGAGAUCACAGUCUAGGUCUAGGUCAAAAUCUAGAUCAAGGUCGUGGACUAGUCCUAAAUCCAGUGGCCACUGA